UGAAACUCGGGCGCAUGUUGGAGAAACUCAUAAAUAUUCACGUAUGCUCCGCCCAUUUAUAUGAAAAAUCUCAGAAACCUCAGAACCCGGGACACCGGUGCGGACUAACGUUAAGAGCUAGGUUAGUGUGCCAUGAUGGAGUCGGAGGGCAUCGCGGGCAUUGAGCAGUUUGACAGCCCAGGGAAGGGCAGGGGACUGCGGGUGAGCAGAGCGUAUGGAGUCGGUGAAUUGCUGUUCUCGUGUCCCGCUUAUUCAUACGUACUGUCUGUCAACGAGAGAGGAUUCAUUUGUGAACAGUGCUUUGCAAGGAAAAAGGGUCUUGCAAAAUGUGGAAAGUGCAAAAAAGCAUUCUACUGCAAUGUGAACUGUCAGAAAAAGAACUGGCCCAUGCACAAGCUGGAGUGUCAUGCCAUGUGUGUGUUUGGAGAGAACUGGUGCCCCUCAGAGACGGUGCGAUUGGUGGCCCGAAUCAUCGCCAGGCUGAGACACCAGAGAGAGAGAAGCCCAUCAGAAAAACUGCUCUUACUGAGGGAUAUGGAAGCCCACACGGAGGAUAUGGAUAAUGAAAAAAGAGAGAUGACUGAAGCACAUAUAGCUGGUCUCCAUCACUUCUACUCCAAACACCUGGACUUCCCUGAUCAUCAGGCCCUGCUCACACUUUUCUCACAGAUUCACUGUAACGGCUUUACUGUGGAGGAUGAGGAACUCUCGAACUUGGGUUUAGCUGUUUUUCCUGACAUUGCCCUCUUGAACCACAGCUGCUAUCCCAACGUCAUAGUCACAUACAGAGGAAUCAACGCUGACGUACGGGCUGUGCAGGAAAUCAGUCCAGGGCAAGAGAUAUACACCAGCUACAUAGACCUGCUGUACCCUACAGAGGACAGGAUUGAGAGACUCAGAGACAUCUACUACUUCAGCUGUGACUGCAAAGAGUGCACAACCAAAUCUAUGGAUAUGCAGAAAUUGAAGGUGCGGAAACUGAGUGAUGAGAUCAGUCAAAAGGAGGUCAGGGAUAUGGUGCGUUACUCUCGGAAUGCCAUGGAAGACUUCCGCAGGGCCAAAAUUGAGAGAAGUCCCGCUGAGCUUCUAGAGAUGUGUGAGCUCAGCAUUGACAAGAUGAGCACUGUGUUUGAUGACGCUAACAUCUACAUCCUUCAUAUGAUGUACCAGGCCAUGGGCAUCUGUCUUUUCAUGGAGAAUUAUGAUGGAGCAGUUAGAUAUGGAGAAAAAAUCAUGAAGCCAUACACUGUCCUUUACCCAGCAUUCUCUUUAAAUAUUGCAUCCAUGUAUCUGAAGAUGGGCAGACUCUACAUGGCUCUGGGCAGGAAGUCCACUGGCAUAAGUGCCCUUCAAAAGGCAUUGGCCAUCAUGGAAGUUGUUCAUGGAAAGGACCAUACAUAUGUAACAGAGCUCAAACAAGAAAUAAGAGGGGAAUAAUGUAAAUAGCAAUGUCCAACACUCCUGAGCUCAUCCACAACAUCCGGCGUGUGACGCGUCAACGGUUCUGGAACAUAGAUAUACAGUGGGUACGGAAAGUAUUCAGACCCCCUUAAAUUUUUCACUCUUUGUUAUAUUGCAGCCAUUUCCUCAUUAAUGUACACACAGCACCCCAUAUUGACAGAAAAACACAGAAUUGUUGACAUUUUUGCAGAUUUAUUAAAAAAGAAAAACUGAAAUAUCACAUGGUCCCAAGUAUUUUAAUUUUGGGGUGAAUCAUACCAUUAAAGUGACAGACACAUCAUAUAGGCCUAUUGUUUUUUUUUAAUUUGGGUAGUCUGUUAAUACAAUAUUCCAUACAUUAUCAGAGAUUGGUAGACACAAUUAUUAUAUUUAGACAUGAUUAGACAGAUGAAUUAAUAGGUUAGAAUUAAUUUUAGACCCUAUUUAUUAAUGUAUCAUUUAGCAAUCAUAAAUAUAUACAUAAUAAAUAAUCAUAUAUGUCACAUACAAUUUGGCAUUUUAAAACGUUUACAAAAUGCUACCUUAUGUAGAUAAAAAUGGGACAAAUAAUUACAUAAUAAUGUAGUCCUAAUUUAAGCAAACGAAUAAAAUAAAUGAAUGGGUGUCCCUUAUUUUGCCUUGCUAAAGGUGGCAACCCUAGCAGGAAGCUAAAGAAAAGAGAGAUCUUAAACAGCUAUGCUUCAACUCAGCACCACACACAUAAUCUGGAAAACCAGGAGAGAGACAGACUGAUACAAACAGUUAGCCUGGUAAUACCAAACUCUGCUACUUUGCUUUGCUCCGUAGACAGAGUCUGGAAGGCAUUAAUUGACAAGCGUUUACUUUCUUGUGGGCGGGCGCUUGUCUGAAGUUUAAAAUCAUUGGUGUACCCGUAAGCCAAUCACAGAACGGUUGGUUAUGACGUAUGUUAAUCGCCGGCUCAGCCGCCUCGAACUUCCGCUAUAAACACAGGUGUGCGGCGAAAACAAAUCCAUCGAGCAAAAUACCGGAGUGAAGAUGGCUGUGAACGACUUUUGCAGAAUAUGUGAAGUAAAUCUACGCAUCCACAAUUAUCGCCUUGCCGAACUUUGUCCUCCCCAGUUUCUCGCUGACCAUCGGUAACAGUUGAUAAAUUAAACUUUUCCCAAAACCUGUCGGGAGUAGGGCCACAACAUCACCUCCAUUCAAAAUAUGAACCAAUCACUCUUCUUGUUCGGGCUUCAGUUGGCAAAUGCCAGGAAUAUUCUCCACAACAGAGCGAAUAGCAUCCCGUGUCUCCAUGUCCGCUGUCGUGUUAGAUUUCCCUAAACUAAACCUAAACUACAAUCUUAAAUUCGGCGCUUAGCGUCUACGUCACGGCGCUCAGCCCGCCCUCUGUUCGUUGAUUGACCCGGCUGCUGCGGAGCCGGAGAUGGUCUGCUAUAUCAGACUGAGUACAGAAGCUUAAUGAAAUUGAGCGGAAGUAUGAAGUCUGACGUAGUCAGGCUAACAAACAGUGAAACGACUAUAGGAAAUUUACUUAACCAAUCAAAUUUGAGGACCGGAACUAUAUUCUCUAUAAAUAGUCUAUGUAUUAAUUUAUUUUUU